AUGGCGACACAGAUUCCACAGAGGUCAGUCAAAAGGCAACGUCUAGUGAACGAGAAGGCGGCGCGCGAGGCUGCCUUGCUCCAAUCACAAGGUCAACUUGGUCCGUCCACCGAGACGCUCGUCAUCCAGUUCCAGUCCGGUCAAGAUGGCACACUUCUCGGCCCUACCAUCAACCUGCCAGCCUCGACAGGGCAGAAGGAGCUGCAGGCUAUCAUCAAUCAGCUCAGACGUCAGCUCAAGCAAGCACAAGGUCCAAAGAAGCGAUCGAUAGACGACCCAGAAGCCAGCUCGGACGAUGAUGAUGACGACGACGACGAUCUUCCAUAUGCCUUCCACGUCGACCUGCAACAGCUCACAGCCAGCGCAGGCAUCGACACAGAAGAGAAAGUGGAACUGGUCAAAAGCAACGCACGACUGCCGAUCAACGACUCGCUCACCCAGGACGUGCUCAGUUCCCAAGCAGCAAAGAAGCUCGGUCUCAGCCAGGAAGACACGCUCACGGUCGUCUUUGAGCCGCAGGCGGUGUUCAAGGUCCGACCCGUCAGCCGAUGCUCCAGCACCAUGAGCGGUCACGCUUCGCCGAUUCUUUGCAGUACCUUCUCGCCCACCGGCUCUCUUCUCGCAACAGGUGCGGGUGACAAGACCGCCCGACUGUGGGAUCUGGAUACGGAAACACCGAUGCACACGCUCGUCGGGCACUCGAAUUGGGUCCUCUGCGCCGAGUGGGAGGGUCGGGAGCGCAAGCUCGCUACCGGCGGCAUGGACGGCGAGGUGUGGAUCUGGCAAGCGCUGGAUCCCAACUUCACAGGUCGCAAGGGUUGGCUCUCACGGACGGGCAAGCAGGUGGACGAAGAAUGGCAGGCCGAGCAGGAACAGCAGGAAAACGGCGAGGAUGCGAAAGCAAAGAUGGGCGUCAAGCAGCGUCGAGCAGCGCGCAACGCCGCGCCUUCGGGCAAACCUCUGCGCGGACACACCAAGUGGAUCACCUCGCUCUCGUGGGAGCCCAUCCACGUCAAUCACAUCAACCCGCGUCUGGCGUCCAGCUCGAAAGACGGUACGGUUCGCGUGUGGAAUCCCACCCUGGGCAGGUGCGAGUACGUGCUCGGCGGACACACCGCUUCCGUCAAUUGCGUGCGUUGGGGUGGAGAGGGUGCGAUCUACACCGCUUCGUCGGAUCGAACUGUCAAGGUGUGGUCUGCCGAGGGCGGCAAGUUGAUCCGCAAUCUCAACGAGCAUGCGCAUUGGGUCAACACCAUUGCGCUCUCGACGGAUUUCAUCCUUCGCACUGGACCCUUCGAUCACACUGGUCGUGCCUCUUCCACCGCUUCCACUCCGUCUUACGUCCAACCCUCGGACGAGGAUGCGCACGCCUCAGCGUUGAAGCGGUACAAAGAGGCCACUGGGUCCGGUAGUCUUCCGGAAACGAUCAUUACCGGCUCAGACGACCACACGCUCUUCCUGUGGCCUCCUCAGAUCGGAGGCACCGCCGCGACGCCCAAGAAACCCAUCGCCCGUCUGACGGGCCACCAAAAGACGGUCAACCACGUCGCCUUCUCCCCCGACGGCAAAAAGAUCGCCUCGGCAUCGUUCGAUAACAGUGUCAAGCUGUGGGAUGCGCAGUCGGGCAAGUUCAUCGCGACUCUUCGUGGGCAUGUGGCAUCCGUGUACCGAUUGGCUUGGUCGAGCGACUCGAGACUGCUCGUCAGCGCUUCGAAGGACUCGACCCUCAAGCUCUGGGAUCCGAUCAAGACGUUUAAGAUCAGGAAGGAUCUGCCGGGUCACACGGACGAGGUGUACUGUGUUGAUUUUGUCGCUGAUAAGGUCGCCAGUGGUGGAAGGGAUAAGAAUGUUAAGAUCUGGAGGCAUUAG